UUUAAGGGCAAUAUUCUUUAAUCCAAUACCUACCAUGUUAUUAAUAUUGCGGGAAUUCCGUAUGGUGCCUAUAAUGAUAUAAUAUUACUCUGACUAUCAUAAAUUUAUAACCACAAUGGCACAAACGUUCUGUAGUGUAGACAGUGUAGUGUUUAUAGUUUCGACUAGUUUCGAGAUUUUGGUCUCUCGUCUUUAAUUCUUUACACGUGUGAUUAUUACAAUAAAUUAUAAAAGUGUUCAACCUUUGAUUUAAAAAAAACAUAUUUUUAAGUGUCAUUUCACAUUUGUUAUGUCGAACGAUCAAUCAAAUAUUACUUUUACUGAUGACGAUAUUCAGUUGAACGACGAAACCGCUUUGUUAUUAGAAAAACUGAUAGAUCUAAAAGGCGAAUGUUUUGUCAACAUAUUUAUCGACUGUAGAAUUAAUGUUGAAAGUUUGAAGUACAUGACCACUGGGCAUUUGAACACUAUUUGUCCAUCCCAUCUCUUUGGACAACGUAUUAUUUUUGAACAUAACUUGAGAAAAUGGCAGGAACAAAUUGAUACCUGUAGCAAUAGCAGCUCUAUAAAUAGUAUAAACUCAAUUAAAUCUGUUUCAUGUAGUUCAAGCUCAUCAUCAGCAUCCAUGGAUAAAGAUAUGUUUGAUAUAGAAAGUAUUCUCAAGAAAUCACCCAAAGGGAAUAUAGUGCUACGUUAUUUUAAUAAAAAUAAUAUACUGUCGGAAGGUUGUAGAAAAAAUAUCGUUGAAACUGUUGUUGAGCACUUAAUUGAAAAUAAAAUACAUGCUUCUCCAAAAUGCAUGGAAAAUUUGCUGACAGUAUAG